AUGGCAGAGGAAACACCUGUGGAAGUCACUUGUCCCCCGGUGGUUGAUGCCUUCGUGGAUGCGACGCCGGAGAGCCUCGAAGACGCUAUCCGCAUUGUGCUGCAGAAGUCACGUGAAGUCAACGGCCUCGUCCGCGGUCUCUCCGAAGUGGCCCGCGCCCUCUACCGCCGCACCGCACAUCUCUGCAUUCUCGCCGAUGACUGCGAGGAUGAGGAGUACAAGAAGCUCAUCACGGCACUCGCCAAGCAGGGUGUGAUUGAUCUCAUCAACGUUGAGGAGCGUGAGAAGCUCGCCCAAUGGGCUGGACUCACAAAGGUCGGCGCCGAUGGUGAGUUAAAGAAGACCUUCAAGUGCUCCUGCGUUGCUGUACGUGACUUUGGUGAGAGGACAAGGGCUCUUGAGUACCUUCUCUCUCAGCUGAAGUAA